AUGUGGUGUGCCACACAUUGCGAAUGCACAGACCAUGGUAUCAUUGCGUCAGAAUAUUGGUGGAUUUUCUACCUCAUUAAUCUUCGUUAUUUUUAGCG